AUGAACUUCCCAGUCUCGGCUUGCACAAACUUCUUAUCAGAAAUCUACCUGUGCGAAAUUUCUGGCGCAAAAGAACAGACAAAGCCAACAUCUCGUAAAAGAACAGACAAGCCAACAUCUCCAAUGCAAAAAGUGAGAUGGAAAAAACUUCUCUACCUUCGACAGCCCUACCCUGAUAACUACACCGAUGCGUCCUUUCUAGAUCAGCUCAAGCGCAAUUCCACCGUGGCCAAAUACUCAUACCGCAAGCUUUUCGCCGAUUUUUCUGUUUGCAGUCUCUACGGAUCGCUUCUUCUACUUGUGAAUGUGAAUUUCACAGCAAUCUACUCCGAUCUCUGGCGUCCGCCUGCGCCUACACUUCUUGCUAGUGCCUUUUCGCUUUUGGUGCUUUUGGCAGAUGUGGUGACAGGAAGAAGACACAAGUUCAAAGCUUACGCUGUCCUUUUGCUGAUUCUUCUUUUGGUUUCUCCUGUGCUUCGGUCUCUCACAGAAUCAACGUCGCUGGACUCCAUUUGGGCCCUCUCGUGCUUCUUGACAUGCCUCAAUGCGGCGUGCCAUAAGUACGCCUUGGAUCCUACUCAGCCGUACCACUCGAUACUCUCCACAAACUUGUCUUUUGCUAACGGCAUUGUUUUGGCGUCUCGGCUCAGUUCGUCCACGAGUGUAUUCUGCUUUUUGGUUUUCUCCAUCGAGGUUUCUGUGCUUAUGCCUGUAUUUGACUAUAGACUCCGACAGAAUCUGCAAGCAGCUCAUUAUGUGCUUUUAGCAGUGGUUAUGUUUAUAGUGAGCUCCAUGUUGUAUGUGGUGCACGGAGCGCUCUUGGUUUUCCUCUACUUGUUGGGCAUUGUGUUUGUACUGGUUUUCCUUCCGUUGUACUUUGUAUUCUUGCAAAAGUACAAGAACGAGUUGCAGGGCCCAUGGGACACGGCGAAGCCAAUAUUGAAAAACGUUACUUAA